UCCCGUGGCGGACAAGGGAACUGUCCGUCUAAAGUAGGCAUUGCGUCUUAGACUGGGCCUUCCAAUGCGGCUGCGCGGGAGCGAGAGCCGGAUGUUUUGCAGCGGGACUUCCGCUGGAGCGAUUUAACUUGGACAAGCUCGGUGGCCUCUACGGCCGCUUUCUUUGUUUUUGGCCUGGGAGAAGGAAAACAUGGACAUUCUCAAGGCGGAGAUAGAGCGGAAGCGGAAGCUGCUGGAGGAGAAGGAGCUGGUGGUGGGAAAUAAAAAAUACUUUAAACGCAGUGAGCUAGCUAAGAAGGAAGAAGAGGCAUAUUUUGAAAGAUGUGGCUACAAGCCUGUAAACGAGAAGCCACCAGGAGAGGUUCAGCAGGAGGAGGAAGAGGAGCAGCAGACAAUAACUUCAUCAAAUCCAGUACUGGAAUUAGAGCUUGCAGAGGAGAAGUUGCCUAUGACUCUUUCUAGACAAGAGGUCAUUAGAAGACUGAGAGAAAGAGGUGAACCUGUCAGGCUCUUUGGAGAAACAGAUUAUGAUGCCUUUCAGCGGUUGCGAAAGAUAGAAAUUCUAGCACCAGAAGUGAACAAGGGAUUGAGGAAUGACCUGAAAGCUGCUUUGGAUAAGAUUGAUCAACAAUAUUUGAAUGAAAUCGUAGGCGGUCAGGAACAGGGAGAGGAUGACACACAGAAUGAUCUCAAAGUCCAUGAAGAGAACACAACUAUUGAAGAAUUGGAGAUGCUUUCAACAGACCUUCCAUUCUCAGAUUCAUGGAUUUCGGUGCAGGCUUUGGGAGAAGCUUUAGGACAAGGGGAUGAUAAUAAAGACAUGGAUAUCAUAACCAAAUUCUUAAAGUUUCUUCUUGGAGUCUGGGCUAAGGAGCUGAAUGCGAGAGAAGAUUAUGUGAAACGUGGUGUACAAGGAAAGCUAAAUAGUGCCACUCAGAAGCAGACGGAAUCAUAUCUAAGACCUCUGUUCAGAAAACUUCGGAAAAGGACUAUUCCUGCAGACAUCAAGGAAUCGAUAACGGACAUUAUCAAGUUCAUGCUGCAAAGGGAGUAUGUGAAGGCCAAUGAUGCCUAUCUUCAGAUGGCCAUUGGGAAUGCUCCUUGGCCUAUCGGCGUCACUAUGGUUGGCAUCCAUGCUCGAACUGGUCGAGAGAAGAUUUUCUCAAAGCAUGUGGCUCAUGUUCUCAAUGAUGAAACUCAGAGAAAAUACAUCCAGGGCUUGAAGAGGCUGAUGACCAUUUGCCAGAAACACUUCCCUACAGACCCAUCCAAAUGUGUGGAGUACAAUGCAUUGUGACAAUGUGGCAGUUGAUUUCUGCUCUUGAAUAUAUGGAUUGUGAGAGAAGAAAACAGUCUCUAUGAGAACACUUAAUUUGGGAAUUGGCAUGAACUGGAAUGGGAGAAGAAAGGCAGGCAGCUUUACCUAGGCUCAGUCUAACAGGUCACAUUCAUUUGUCUUUUGAUUAACAUGUAUAUUUUCUUCAAAUUCAGAGUUGGCACAUAUUGCAAGCUUGUUACUCUAGCUUUAAUUGAGGGCAGGUUUUGUGUGUUUUUUUCCUUUUAAUUUUUAGCAGAGCAAACGGUUCAGUUCUAGUCUGCCUUUUAGAUUUCAAGCCAUUUUGCUUUUUAAAGAUUGAUUUGAAGCUGAGUCACAAAUUUGGAGCUGAGUUGUAUUUAUUGCUGUACAUAGGACCAUUAUAAUUUCUUGUACUGCAUUUACAGGAAAAAAUAUUUUUAAGAAAUGUACACAGAGUGGUGAAAUGUGUCAGUUUUUUUAAAUGAACCUUUUUUCACAAUUGUCACUGGGACACUACACAGUGUAGCGCGAGAGCUUUGGGGUUAACAGAACUGGUCUAAACUGGAAUUCUACUAUCUCUUUUCUGUGCUUGUGAUUUAUGACUUUGUUAUAAAAUACUAUCUUUUCUGCGUUGGGAGAAUUUCUGUGGCACUGAAGUUUGUACAAUAAUUUGGAAGAUAAUGAUCCUAUUAAGUAAGUGGUAAAAGGAAGAGAUCUUUCAAAGAACCCAUCUCCACCCUUUACUAGGACCUGGUAGUAAAGGACAUAGAUUUGCUUGUUGUUAACUACUAAAGAAUGGAAGGUUGAAUAUUCUUGUUGUUUAUCAUUAUUUUUAAUGCCACCAGUGUGGAUGGCACUUUACAGAACAGCAAUAAGGGAUUGCUCUUACAAUCUAAAAUAUGACAUGAGGAGAGUGAAAAGAGAGAGGGGAGGGAAGAUGGAGGGCGAGCGUAAAUGGGUAAGAAUGCAUUCAGUUGCAUGUUCUUAGGGUAGCAGAUUUGGAAAUAAAAGCAAAAUGUGUAGAAUGGGUACUUUACAGCAUCAACUACUACAGCAUCAACUAAUUAUAGGUUUUCCAGACAACACUGUUUUCAGUGAGAACCUAAUCCAUUUUAAUUAAAGGUGUACAGGACCUGUUUUUUAUGU